UUAAAUGAUCUCCUGGGUCAUAGGUGGUUGCUCAACUGCUGAGCCUUGGGGGCAGUGCUCUUUAUAUCUUGACUUGAAUGCCAAGUUCAUAUAUAACUGCCUUCCAUUGAUCACAUUUUCUAGUCUGUUAAAGUAGGUCAAGGAUUGUAUUUGGCUGCAGAAAAUAAAAUUGAGGUUGAAAUGGAUAUUGGGAUUAUGAUAGACUUAGAGGCAAGGAAGAGGACCCUUGUUAGCAUUCUGAAAUAUUUAGGGGUUAUUGUCUAUAAUUAUUCUAACCCUGCUUUGUACUACUUUCUUGUUACUGAUUAUAGAAAUCCUAACUUUCUUUUGAAAUUGACUUCAAAGUUUUCGCCCUCUGUCAAGGACCAAGUUAUUCUAAACUAAACAGAGUGCUUUCUUUAGCUGCUUCUUACACUGACAUAUUGGUUCCUUGAAUUCUUAUUAUUGGUGCCUUUAAAAGAAAUACUUUGUUUUUUCAAUUAAAAAUGUUUCUAAGCUCUGAGUGGACAGUAGUAUUGUAUUUAUUCUAGUAUUGAUGCUUGAUCCUCAGACUUUAAUGUGAAAUUUAAUUUUUUAAAUUAUUUCCUUGGAAAAGAUAAAUUGGGUUAACCCUGAAUUCUAAGCACUUGCAUCUGAGAAAGGAUUUUCUAAAAGGAUUUCUAAAGACUAUAUUUCUUAUCUUUAGUAUUAUUAACAGAACACUCUGUGCCUACAGUUGUUGUGUUACAGUGAUUGGGAAGGAAGGAGGAAGAAUAAAUUUUAACAAAUGCCUCCAAAUAUGACCUGUUUCCUUCUACAGGAUUUCUGGUUGUGAUCCUUGUGAUGGAGCAAGAGAAAAACCUGUUGGUCUCAGAUUCUAAUGGCUUCACGGAGAGGGAGAGUUUGAAAAGCUCUUUUACAGGAGUUGAAAGUAAGAAUAAUUUAGAAAUUGUUCAACACAAUAAACUUAAGGCAGAUAAACUGAAAGACAGAGCCUCAAAAUGGUCUAAAAGAGAUGGCCCUCAAAAUUGUAAGCAUGAGGAUACAAAAGAAAUACCAUUGACAGGGUCCCAAGGAGAUGAGAUUUGGUGUGAUGGUUUCUAUGAGAAUGAUGGCAAGUCAGAGAAUCGGGAAAAUUAUACAGGAAAAGAGGAAGAAAAACCCAAUGACUGGGGAUGGGACCCAGGAGAAUAUGCCAGUGCCUCUGUCCAGCAGAAUUCAUCCUUCAUAGACAAACCCUACAAAUGUUCUGAAUGUUGGAAAAGCUUCAAUAACAGUUCUCAUUUGCGUGCUCACCAGAGGACUCACUCGGGGGAAAAACCUUAUAAAUGCUCUGAGUGUGGGAAAUGCUUCAGUAACAGCUCUCACCUGAUUCAGCAUCUGCGAACACACACAGGAGAGAAGCCCUACCAGUGUGGGGAAUGUGGGAAAAACUUCAGCAAUACCUCCCAUCUUAUUAUCCAUGAGAGGACUCACACAGGAGAGAAACCCUAUAAAUGUCCCGAUUGUGGGAAGAGUUUCAGCAGUAGUUCUCACCUUAUUCAGCAUCACAGAUCACACACUGGUGAAAAACCAUACGAAUGUCCUGUUUGUGGGAAAUGCUUCAGCCACAGUUAUGUCCUAAUAGAACAUCAGAGGACUCACACUGGAGAAAAACCUUAUAAAUGCUCUGAUUGUGGGAAGGGUUUUAGUCAGAGUUCCAGCCUGAUUCGCCACCAGCGAACACAUACAGGUGAGAAGCCCUACAAAUGUAUUGAGUGUGGAAAAAGCUUUGGUUGUAAUUCUACUCUAAUAAAGCAUCAGAGAAUACAUACAGGAGAAAAACCCUAUCAGUGUAAAGAAUGUGGGAAGAAUUUCAGUCGAAGUUCAAACCUCAUUGCACACCAGAAAGCACACACAGGAGAACAACCCUGUGAAAGUUCAGACUAUGAAGAAAGUUUGAGUCAGAACUGCAGUGAGAUAGAAGAAUGCAGAACCCAGCCAGGAGAGAAACCAUAUAAAUGUUGUGAAUGUGGAAAGAGUUUUGGCCUCAGCUCUCAUCUAAUUAGACAUCAGAGGACACAUACAGGAGAAAAACCUUACAGAUGUUCUGAGUGCUGGAAAACUUUUAGUCAGAGUUCCACCCUGGUAAUUCACCAAAGGACACACACAGGAGAGAAACCUUAUAAAUGCCCUGAUUGCGGUGAGUGCUUCAGUCAGAGUUUUAACCUUAUCAGGCACCGGAGGACCCACAUAGGAGAAAAACCUUACAAAUGUACUGACUGUGAGAAAUGCUUCAGCAGAAGUGCCUACCUCAGUCAGCAUAGGAAAAUUCACAUAGAAAAGUCUUUUGAGUCUUCUGAAGUUGAAGAUUUCCCUCCUGAAUGGAUUUGGAAAGACUGUUCAGGGGAACUGGCCCUCAUCUCUUCAUUUUCAACCCCAAAUUCAUCUUCCUCUUAAGUCCCAAAGUCCACUUUUCCUUUUUCUUUUUGGACCAUUACAAUUAAGGUGUUCUCUGA